GAUACAUGGAGCUCCUCUCACAAUUAACAACUACUGGUACAGUAACGGAGGAGCAAUUCAAAGACAGGUUCGCCCUGCUGUCUCAGCGCUCCUCGGACUAUCGGAUCGUGGUGGUUGAAGACACAGUGAGCAACAGAGUGGUGGGCACAGGAACUCUGCUAAUAGAGUUCAAGUUCCUUCGUUCAUGCGGCAAGGUGGGGCACAUAGAGGAUAUAGUGGUGCACAGCAGCAUGCAGGGCAAGCACCUGGGGCACAGGUGGGGGGAAAGGGGGAUGUGGGGAUGGGGGGAUGUGGGGAAGGGGGGAUGUGGGGAAGGGGGGAUGUGUGAAGGGGGGGUGUGA